AUGGCUAAUACAAGGCCUUAUACUCGUGAAGAGUUGAAAGGACUUCGAAGAGCCAAUCUACAGAAUCUCUUCAAAAUCCACAAUCUCAAAGGAGCCAAUGGAACCAAUUCAGUCUUGAUUGACUCUUUGGUAGAUUACUUCUCUUCUCAACCAUAUCAUACAGCUCAUCCAUCUUCGGAAAGAGAGAAAGAGAGAUCGACUAUAUCCAAGUCUGUUAACGGAGGAGGUAAAGUAGAAAGUAGAUAUAGGAAUAUCCCAUCCAAUACAAGUAGACCACCAGUCAAAGGGAGAGUCGUAUCUAUACCCAGUGCACCAAUCAGGAGACCGACAGAAAGGAAACAGACUUCAGCUCAAAAUAACACUCAAGCUGCGCUGAAGAAAUCCACCACCACUGCCACCGCUAUACCAGAAAGGUUAACAGAAGAUGUGAUCAUGGAUGAGAGAAUUAUUGAACCUAUACAGAGUGACUCUCCUUUAGCACCAGCACCAACACAACAGGAGAUUAGCAUCACGAAUCAACGCUCCCUCCCCACUCCACCCGCAUCAUCUUCGUCUCAUUCGUCCAUGUCUAGAAAUCAGGUCGAGGCUCUCCUGUCUGCAAACGAUGCAAAAUGGCAAGCUAAACUAGAAGCUCAACAAGAAGCCUUAGUAGAAAUGUUAGAAAGGAAGUUGAAUGAGAAAACGGAGAAACUCUUGCUGGAAAUAUCACAACUCAGAGAUCAAUGUAAUAGAUUGACCACAGCCGGAUCAUCUAAAACUGCAACCAACUUGGAAAGUGGUAGUACCAGGACUUGGUCACCAUGGGAAGGAAGAGCUGUAUCCCAACCUAUCUCUGGACCGUCAAAUCCAUAUGUCCAUUCUCUUUUGGGUAAAAGGUCUUCGACACAUCCGGAAGAAGAUGACAACGAAAGAAGCGAAGCUAAACGAGUUAGAUUUAAUGGAUCUCGUCUGGGCGCUAUCGAUCAUUCAAAUGAAUCACAACCUAGAACACCUUCACCACAAAAAUCAUCCGCAUUCGGACCGGAUUACUUUGCUAAUCCUUCACUUACCCCAUUACCUGCACAGUCAUCCUUGAUACCUCGUACACCAUCCCCUUCAAGACAAGGUACAGCGGCAGAUCACUCUCAAACACCCAAAUUACCAAACGAAUGGCAAGGUGAUGGCGAUGUUGAUGUUGACGUGGACGGUGAUGAAGGUUCACUUUCACCCUCUGAAGAUGCAAGUGAGGAACAAAGAACACCAAUGGGUGGAGUUGGUAUGAUACCUCAUUUCUCAACUACACCUGAACCACCAACUCGUCGACCAAUAUCUCCGACGAUGGUAAUGGAGAGAAGUGUCUCUGCAUCCUCUGAUAGGUUCACCCCUGGUCGAAUGAUCAACACGAAUUCUACUCCUUCCAAUCCAACUCUGACAGAAGAAAGAAGAAGGUCAGAACAUAUGGAAGGAAUCCCAUUAUCGACUGUCACUGAUUUGGAAAGGAUUGAUGAAAUUGAUGAAACGAAUAACUCAAACCGCAAAUUGAUCUCACCUAAUGGACAAUUAAAUUUCCCAACAAUCAAACCAAUUCCAAGAUUAUCAGGAUUAGGUACACCAUCCAAAUAUCAAUUACCGAAAUCGCCAGCUCAUCAUCAACAUCAUCAGAGAGUACCAUCCCUCUUAGCUGCUCCGUUAUUAGUCUCGCGUAAUUCAAGAGCGGAAUCUGAAUUACCAACACUUCGAGUACCUUCAACUAGAGGUCUAAGUCCACCUCCUAGACCAAGAUCAGCGAAUGCGAUACAUGGUGCAUCAACUCCACCAAGAACAAUGUUCCCUUUGAAUCUCCCUGAACCAGAUAUCGGUUCAGAAAGAAUCAGAUCAGCUUCAGCUGAUUAUAUGCAUGUUGCGAUGCAUGGCCUGGAAGAUGAUUUAGAUUUCGAUGAUGAUUCACUGUUACAUCCUUCGAGUAAUGCAAUGGCAACAACAACCAGUCUUCACAACAAUCAAACAAGUUGGUUGGGCACGAGCACGAAACAGAAACAGAAACAAAACGAAUUACCAACUCCUGGACACAGAACUUUACUUGGAACAGAAAGAUACAACGAUAAGAGAUUUGGCGAUAUUCCAGUUUCAUUCCCUUCUUCUGGAAUUUGGGAAAGUCCAAAUUCAAGAGAAACUUUAAUGCCUCCCACGCCAUUUUGA